ACUUGCUGUUUCAUUAUUGGCUAGCUGUCACCUCGAGCUCCGCCUUCCCCUCGUACCCCUCAGAGGAAGAUGAGUAACCCGCAGCCUGGAUUGCUAAAUCAUGGCAACAUUUAUGGAACGAUUAGCUUUUCUUCAGAAAGUCCCGACUCUGAUGAAGGCUACAGCAGAUGAUGAAAACCCCUGUCCUGGCUACCUUUUCCAAGAGAUUGGAAAAAUCUCCCGUGAGUCUUCAGGUUGCGGUCAGUGUUUGUUGGAGUACCUUCUGGAGAGGCUGCAGGUGGAGUCCUGUCAUGUCAAACUUAAGGUGCUGAAGAUCUUUGUCCAUCUUUGCGGUCAUGGCUCAAACCAUUUCCUCACAGAACUCCGUAGGAACUCCACCUUCCUCCAGCAAGCAUCAGUUUACAGCGGCCCUCCUGAUCCUAUCCAUGGCACAGCGCUGUACCAGAAAGUGAGACAUACAGCACAGGAAGUGGCCAGGUUGCUUUUCACAGAUACAAUUUCGCCCAAAGGUGGCAUCUCCCCGCUCAACCUAGCCCCCCCAACAGUGGGUAUGGGCUCAGCAACUUCCCACAGGUCAGGAAUGCAGGGCUUUGGAUACAGUCCAGGGAAGCAGGGGGCAGCAGGCAGUGACUCACUCCUGGAUAAGAUCCAGAAAGCUGCAGAGGUAAUGGCCAGUGCUGUCCUUCCCCCAACUGAACACCAGGGCAUCCGUCUCCAUGACAACCAUUACCGGGCCGUAGUUGCGCCGUCCGCUCCCAUAGAGGUGGCGGUGCCCGCGUGUGCCUAUAACCUGCCUGCUCGCACACCAGAAGCAUUGACCCAGCGGUGCCCAGGGCAGGUAGGAGGCGGCUGGGAAGAGACCGACAGCAGCAACAGCUCCUCUCACAACUCUUCUCAGGACACCACAACUAACAGCAGGGCCUCUGUGGGCAGCAAGUCAGCUGGUACCGGGAGUCAUUCGGGGGCCAGUAGAGAGAGCAGUGGGGACCUAUCGGAACGGGUGGAAGCUUUGCAGUUGGGGGACUGUGGCCAGGAGGUGGCGCUAAUCAGCAGGUUGACUGAAGGAUCCAGAGUUUUCCUGUCCAGAGAGGAGAGCCAGCACUUCAUUAAAGAGUGCUCUAUUCUCAACUGCGAGGUCGUGGUGGAGUUGCUCUCAAGCAAGCUUCAGGAUCCCUCAAACACCGUUAAGAUGCGGGCACUAUGUGCUGAGUCAUGCCUCAUGACCUCUGACCUCCUCUCUCUGGAACAAAUGUUUGGAGCUACGCAUCGAAGGCUCCGCCAGCUGAGCGACGGGGCUCCAGGACCUGUGGCCAACAAAGCCACCAAGAUUCUGCGACAGUUUAAGGCUCUGAUGGGUGGAUCUGUUCACGCUCCGAGGCAGGAUACAGCCAACAGCAGCCAUCAGGCAACAACUAAUCAGCUUCCCACAUCGACAUACUCCGACCCUUUACCACCAACCUACUCUCAGCCUGACAUCCCACCAAAUUACCCAUCUCCCCCCUGUGGUCUGGCCUUGGCCCAAAGAGACUCCUCAGUGGAGCUGAUGAAUGACGGCCAUGAGGAGAAACUUUCUCCUAAUCCGCGCGAGUUACUGCAAAACCGGGCGGAGCCAGUCAAGACUGCCGCUUUUAAAUUUGCUGCUGAAGAAUCCGAGCUUAACGCAGACGGGAGCUCUUCCCCUCCAGCUGAGCACCAGGGUGAGCAGCCGUGUCCCAGCAGACUGUCCCUGUUCAGCGGCAUGGAGCUGGUGACUAAGGGGAAGCCCCUGUGUAAAAGAGAGACGUCCCAGACAGAGACGGACACGAUGGGCUGCAGCUUAAGGGAGAAUCUAGCUGUGCGUAACCGUAUCGGCAUCAGCGAAACCAGCGACGGCGAUCCUUUAAUUUGCAAUUCAGUCGCGUGUGAUAGCAGCCAACCCGUAUCUGCCUUCUCAUUUCUCAACUUUUGAACACUUGACUGGCCAACAUUUUACUGUUGGGACUGUCACAGUUAAACCAAUGAUGUCUUCAUGUAUAUCCUUCUAAGAAAUCUAUUUCAUUUUUUAGAACCAAGAUCAGAUCUGUAAGCUUAUAACUAUACAGUAUGUAAACAGCAGGUUCACAGUUAUGUUUGGAUUUCUUUUGUUCUUAUCUGUAUGGUGCCUCUUUGGAAAUUGUAUUUAAGCAGCAGAUUGGGCUAAGGGACAGAAAUUUAGGACACGUAAUUGUAGUCCUAUUAAGAGUUAGUGCAAUCCACAGUUGGCACGAGAAACCCCUCAACUGUCAUACGGGAGGACUAUGAGGUCUGUAAACGACGCUGCUGUUUGUUUGCGGAGGUCUAAUUUCUCAAACGUAUGUAAUAAGGAUGGUUGACUUGCAUUACAGAUUAUUGACCGUUGCUUUAUCUCAGGAUUCCUUUCAGCUCACUGAAACUGUUGCGCCUCUGCAGCACGCCCCAAACCUCUGAGGGAGAAUCCCUCGAAUUGUAAUUUGCACUACAAUUGCUUUUGUUAUGGACUCGUAAACCUAUAAAUGAGAGUUGUCUUCCAUAUUUUUUGGUACUAAACUAUGUCAGUGUAAAUGUUAUGAGUGUUAGUUUACAAAUUAUUUAUUAUGUUUACCCCUGUAUUGAUUAAAACAUACCAGUGAGAAUGGUUGUAGAGUGCAUGUAUAUGAUUAAAGACUAGUUUGGAGAACUGA